AGGGCUGCUGCACAGUAUAGGAUUUUAAUUUGCUGUCUCCUUCCAGGCUGAAGAUGGUGACGAGAAAGUCCGCAAGAAGCUCCCUGUGAAACUGAAUGAAGAGAUUUCCAGUGACUCUGAAACUGAAAGUGAUAGACCCAACAAGAAAGAUGCUGAAGUGUUGGAAAUUGAGGAGACAGCACAAGAAAAGAAACUGCGACUUGCCAAACUCUACCUGGAGCAACUCCGACAGGAAGAGGAGGAGAAAGCAGACGAGGAGCAGCUUGAGAGGGACCUGAUUGGAGGCAGACUGGAGGAGGAAGUGCUCGAGCAGAAGGGCAAGCUUAAACGACUCCUAGCGAAGGAUUAUCUCCCACCCGAUGGAUCUGAGAUCCGUCUGCUACGGGGUCAUCAGCUUCCAGUCACGUGUCUGGUUCUCUCCCCCGAUGAUAAAUACGUAUUCUCAGCAUCCAAAGAUUGCUCCAUCAUAAAGUGGGACGUUGCUAGUGGGAAAAAGGUUCACACGAUCCACAGAGGGCACAAGGGUGCUGAAGGUCAACAAGUGGGGCACACAAUGCACAUCCUGUCCAUGGCAAUAUCCUCCGAUGGCAAGUACCUGGCUACAGGAGACCAAAACAAACUGAUCUUAAUCUGGGAUGCUGCCUCGUGUCAACAUCUUUACACAUUCAAGGGACAUAAAGAUGCGGUAUCGGGUCUGUCCUUUCGGAAAGGCACCCAUCAGUUAUACAGUGCCUCACAUGACCGCUCAGUCAAAGUCUGGAAUGUGGACCAGAACGCCUACGUUGAAACUCUGUUUGGUCACCAGGAUGCCAUCACAGGUCUGGACAGCCUUAGUCGAGAGCGCUGUGUCACCGCAGGGGGCCGAGACCGGACGGUGCGUGUCUGGAAGAUUGUCGAAGAAGCACAGCUUGUAUUUCAUGGUCAUGAGAGUUCCAUUGACUGCAUACAACUGGUGAAUGAGGAGUACAUGGUUUCUGGAGGCGAUGAUGGCUCCUUGGCCCUUUGGACAGUUACGAAGAAGAAGCCUCUGGUGACGGUCAGCAAAGCUCAUGGUAUCCAUGGAGACCCAGCGAUACAGCAGCCAUAUUGGAUUACCUCUGUGGCGGCAUUGCUGAACAGUGAUUUGAUAGCCUCAGGUUCGCAUAAUUCCAAAAUCAGGCUCUGGAAAUGUGGAGAAGGUUUUAAGACAUUGGAGCCACUGUUCGACAUUCCCAUGGUCGGCUUUGUGAACUGUUUGAAGUUUUCUAGUUCAGGUGACUUCUUGGUGGCUGGCAUGGGGCAAGAGCACAGGUUAGGCCGCUGGUGGAGACUAAAAGAAGCCAAGAAUGGAAUCUGUAUUAUCCCACUGAAAAAGACACCACCCAAACAACAAUCUGAAGACAACAUGUAGUUCUGGUGUGCCUGAUGUUUCUUCUGAAUGUCAGUGAACACUCUGUGAACUCAGUGACUUUGAGAGCCUAUAUUUUUGUGAAUAAAAUGAUGGUGAAAUCUC